AUGAAAGAUUUAGAUUUAAGUUUGAUUGCUUCAAAAUUAAGAAAGUUAAAAAAUGAGUCAGAAAGCAAAGGAAAUUUAAGCAAAGAAUUACUCAUUUCUAUGAAUGAUGCAGUAUUAUUGAAUUUUCUGAACGGUUAUAUGAAUGAGGUAGAAGAAGAUUCUGGAACUUACAGUAAUAGAAAAAGUUUACUUUCUGUUAAAUUGGUGAAUGAGUUCUUGAAUGCUGCAAAAAAGAGAUUAACCAUAUCAGAGUAUAGAAUGGAAAAAGAGGAUCCAAGAUUUUUAAUGAAUGAGUUAAGACAUGAAGUAGAGGAAUGUCUAAAAAUUACAUCAAAUUUUGUUUUCCGAGUUUCAAAAAUUAAUUAUUAUAGAGAAUUGUUUUCGAGAGAGUUCCCCAAUAUAUUAGGAGUUUUGAUAAAUAUAGCAGGUUCAAGUUUACUAGAUAUUAAGUUGAGAUGCCAAAUUUUGCAAGCAACUCUGGAGUUAAUGAAAAAUCAAAGUGAAGAUAAAAUUUCUCAAAGUAUUCACUUAAGAAAAUGUUUAUCCAAAGGUGAAGAGGAUAAAAUAAUUAGAAGGUUAUGGAAGUCUUUAUGUCAACAUAAGAAAAUGUAUUUCAUUGAUUUGUUUGAUCAAUCCAAGGAAUUUGUUUUUUCGUCCUCUUUCAAACAAAACAAAUAUAAUGACAACCCAUCAAUAUUAUUAAUCACUUUAAUACUUGAAAUUUACUCAAAUUUCUUGCAUUUCCAGAGAUAUUUAACAGAUAAGAUAUUAAAAAAUAUUUCCAUUGAAAUUUUAUGUGGAAAUUGUUUAGAUGUAAUAUUUGAUUUAUCAAUAACAUCUAAUCCAAAAAUUGACUUUUUGAGUGGAAUAAUAAUAAGAUCAUUGUUAUUAGAUUCAAAUGAAAGACAAUAUGAAUUAAUCAAUAAAAAAAUUAAGAAUAGUGGAGUUUUGUUGAUAUAUUUGGCUCGGAUUAUAUAUGAAGGGUUCAUUAAAAAUGUGGGUCAAACAAAUCUUGAUAAUUGUAUAUUAUAUGCUCAAAUCAUCUCAAUAUUAUCACAAUAUGAUUCAGAAAUCUAUGAAUUUAUUAAAAAGGUAUUUCCUAAGAAAUUUUUUAAGAUAUUUGAUAAUAGGUGGUUUAAGAAACAAGUUUUGAUGGAAAAUUAUAUCGAAUCCGAAGGCCAGCUAAAUGUGUUACCUUGGUUUCCAACAAGUUGUAGUUGGUAUAAUAUAAGAACGAAUGUAUUAGCAAAUGAUUCACCAAGUUCUAGUCAUAAUUUUAUCAAUUUGAAGAAUAUCAAGUCUAAAAUAAUUAAUUAUAAUUUUUCUGGCUUGGAUAAUAUAUUAAACCAGAACUUGCAUCUUCUAUUUAGUAGUAUAAUCCAAGAAUCAAAUACUAAUGAUAUAAUACAAAUAUGUUUGGAAAAAUAUCAUCAUAUAUAUAAUAAUUCAAAGAAUUUAAUUAAUAAUUAUUUUAAUUUAUUAUUUAAAGAUCAAAGCAGUUUCUAUGAUUUUGAGUAUACAAUAAGAAGGUAUCCAGACUUUACCUGGUAUAUAUUUUGGGAUCUAUGCCAAAAUGAUUAUCAGGAUCAACUUGAUUUGAUUUGGGAUCAGACAGUUAAAAGUGAAAUUAUUUCAGUACUAAUUAAAGAAUAUAACAAAACCAUAAUUGGAGGAAAACUUUCAAAAUCUAGUGGAUGGAAUAUUGUGCAUUUUUUCCCUGAAAUACCAAAGAUUUCAAAAGAAAUCCAAAUUUCAGAUUCAAUAUAUUUUCGUUUACUAAUUCCAACCCUGAUUAAAAUAAACCAAGUUUCUGGUUUAUUUCAUUUAGAUAUGGAUAAUAACAAACUAUUUAGAGAAAAUUCAAGUUUUUGUUUGAAUCUACAGAGUCCAAAACUUAUUAAUAUUGGAAAUUUGUUUGGAUACAACUUUUACUUGGCUUUUAAAAAGUUAAAAUUUCAAAAUAAAAGAUAUAAAAUUGAGGAUAAUAAAAUUAAAGAAUCAAAUGAUUUUAAAGAAAAGUUUGGCAAAUAUUUUGAAUUAAUAAAAAAUAAGGUAAUUAAUAUUUUAAGUUAUAAUCAGAGUGAAAUACGAAAUGAGAAUUAUGGUGAAUUAAAUCUAUAUUCUCAGAAAACCGAUGAAGGGAUUACAAUUCAAGAUUUGGUAAUAAACAACCAUUUAAAUGGCUGGGAAGUAAUAGAAUAUAAAUUUGGAAAUUCCUUUGAGAAAAGUUACAAUUAUUUGAAUGAAAAAUUAUUUAAUAAAAUCACAUACUCUCAAAUCCCAUAUUUAGAAUGUAUUGAUAAUGUUGAAAAAAUAAGAGCAUUAAUAGAGAAUUUAUUUCAAAAAUUGAUUUCUGAAACAUCAUUAAUAUUAAAGAGUUAUAUGUUAUAUGGUUAUAUGUAUUAUAUUGUAGUUUUUAACGAAUAUCUAUUGGGAAGACAGAUUGCUGGUCAUUUACAAUAUUUAAUAUCACUAUUAAUAUCAGGAAACCAGAGUGACCAAUUUUACAGAAGUUUAGUAAUAUAUAUUUUACAUAUCAUAUUAUCAAUAUAUGAUGAAGCAAGACAAGAAUUUAUAAAAGUUGGUGGAUUUUUAUUAAUUAAUGAGUUCCUGUUGUAUUAUCAAAAAUCUUGGUCAGCAUGUAAGCAAUUAGGUAUAUAUAAUGAUGAAAAUAUAUUAAGAGAGAUAAGAAAGGAUUUAGAGAAUAAAGAAAAUAUUGAUUGGGAAAGAUAUGUUAAUAUAUUUAUUAAUAGAGAAGGUCAGAUAAGUAAUUAUAAGUUAUUUGAUGAAGAAAUACAACAAGAAUUAUUAGUUGAUGAAAAUAGAUUAAUUGAUAAUGGGGAUAUAAAUUUAGAUCUUGAUCAUAAAUAUAAAGAUCAAGAGUGUAAAGAGUUACAAGUUUUUAUAAUAGAUAUUCCAGAAAUUAAUGAUUUUAUUAAGGAUGGAAUGUUAUUAAAGAUUAACAAAAAAUUGAUUUUAGGAAAGAUAAAUUUAGAAGAAAUGAGAAAUAUGAAUCACAAACAAUAUAUGAACAUAUGGAUUACAAUAAUGAAUGAGGAUCAGUUGAGAAUGUCAAUAAGGGAUUAUUUGAAUUUAAAUGAUCAGAUAGAAAGUAUUAUAUCGUAUAUACCAAGUGAGAUUAAUACAGAUGAAUGUUUUAAUUCGAUAAAUUGUGCUACUCCUAACAAUUAUCAAAAAGUUGCAAAACAAAUAGACGAGGAUUUUAAUUCAACUGGAAAAAAAAUAUCCAUGAAAAGAAAAGAAGGAUUGUUAAAUAGGAUGUAUGAUUACGAUUUAUUAAAUUAUCGAGAGUUGUUAAUAUGGUUGAUAACUUUAAAUAAUUGUAUAAUACAAUCAAAAAUUUGGUUAUCUAGAAUUAUUAAAGAUGAAUCAUUUGAGGGGAUAAUUAAGAUUAUGAUCAAGUUAUUAUUAAAUAGAAAUAAGAUUCAAAGUUGUAAUAAUAAUAGUAGAUUUGAAUUAAAGGAGAAUUACCAUAUAUAUUGGAUAAGUAAGAUACUGAUUCAAAUAUUAAAAGCAGACCUAGUAUUAAUAUUAAAGAUGAUGGAACAUAAAAUUAUUGAGAUCUUAAUUAUGGUCAUUUUUAGAUUUGAUAGUCAUUAUGAAACAAGUUUUGAUUAUAUAAGAGAUGAAGUAAUUAAAUUAUUUAGAUUAUGUUUAAUAGCAUUGAAUCAAAUGAAUAAAGAUGAUAUAUUUAUUAAAGAUCAAAGGAUAAACAAUAAAGAAAAUAAGUUUAGAUGUAAUUCAAGUUGUAAUGUAAAAGAAGGUUGUAUUUAUGGUGAUAUAAUAUGCUUGAUAUCUCAUAUCAUGGAAGAUUUGGGAGUAGAAAAUAAUAUAGAGAUUGAGGAAUUUAGAAUGAUUCAAGUAUUUGGAAAUGGUAUAUAUUAUGCAAGUAAAUACAUUCCCGUGUCAAUAUUACAAAUAUUGAGAAUAAAUGAUCAUUUUGAUUUAAAAUUGGAGACAAAUAAUGAUGGAAUAGAACAGAUUGAUUAUUUUAGAAUAUUAGAGUUUAAAAAAUGUUUAGGAUUAUAUAAUAUUAAUCAUGGAAAUAAAGGUCAAAUAGAAGGAAUAAGAAUAAAAUGGGAUCAUUCAAGAAGAAUUAAUUUACUUAUAAAGUUAUCUAAAAUUUUGUAUUAUCAAGCAAUGGAAAUAGAUAACAAUAAUAAUGAUGAUAAUAAUAAUAAUAAUAAUAAUAAUAUUAACAAUAAUAAUAUUAAUAAUAAUAAUAUUAAUCAUACUAAAAAUUAUCAUGAAUUUGUACCUAUCAUAUCAGAUGAUUAUAUAGAGGAUUUUAUUAAAGCAAAAAAUCAAAGCAAAUUAAUUAAUAAUGAUUUGAAUAUAUAUGGGUAUUAUUUGAAUAGUUUAAGUGAAAGAUUGAGAGAAAUUAAGAAAAAGAAUUUUGAUGAUCAAAUAUCUAUAAUUGAAGUAUCUAAUGGUAAUUAUUGUGAAAAUAUAGAAAAUUGGAUACAAAUUUCUAGAGAGAAAUAUUCUCAAGAAUUAAUAGAAUUUAUGGAAUUUGAUCAAGAUAAAAUGACUAUAAUAUUUCAGAAUCAUUUUUAUAAUAAAUUUAAUCAUAAUUAUGAAAAUAAUAAUAAAAUUAAGAAUUUAUUUAUAUAUAAAAACUUAUGGAAUAUAUUACAAUACCAUUUAUAUAUAUAUUUUAAAUAUUAUUUAUUAUUGGAAACCAAUUUUAAUUACAGAGAUAAUCAAAAUCAUCAUCUUGAUUAUAUUUUACAAAAUAUAAUCAAAUUAUUAGAAUUACAAAGAGAUUUAUUUGUUAUGGGAAUAUCAUUUGUGAAUGAUAAUAGAAUAAGAAUAAUAAAUCAAGAAUUUAACAUUAAAGAGAAACAGCAAAAGUUAUUUAAUCAAUUAAUUAAUGUUUAUUAUCAGACAAUAAAUAAUAAUAUAGAAGAAAAUGUUAUAAUAAUAUUUUAUUUGGAUUUAUGUAAAAUAAUAGGAGAGAAAUAUAUAUUAAACAACAAUAUUGAUAAUUAUUGUAAUUUUAGAUAUUAUCAAAUAAAAAAAAUAUAUAAUUUAAGUUUAAGUAUUUUGAAUUUGGUGGGAGAAUACAAUAUAUAUUGUUUAAACAAAUUAAAAUUAAGUAAUGAUUUAAUAUUCAGAUAUGAAGAUAUAAAUAUUGAGAAAGAAAUAUUAUUAAAAAAUUUGAUUAAAGAAGAAAUAAAAGAUUAUUUAGAAUUAAAAAAUAUGGAUUUCAUGAAUAAAAAUAAUUUGAUUUUGGAAUUACUACUUAAAUAUGAUAAAGUAAUAGAUUCAUCAAAUCAAGAUAAUUUAAUGUUAAAUUAUCUAUUAUAUAGAUUAUAUCAAAAGAUCAGGUACAAUAAUAGUAAUAAUAAUAAUAAUAAUAAUAAUAAUAAUAUUGAAAAUGCAAUUAAAGAUUUAGACAUUUUUGAUUUAUUGGUGAAAUAUUUAAUUAAUAUUGAAAAAGAUUUGGAUUUGGAAAAAGUAAUAACUAUAAUCAUCAUUGAAAUUAUUAAAGAGUAUAUUAAUUGUGAUUUAAAUUAUAUAUUAAGAGGAAUAAGGCUCGGAUUAAUGUCUAAAUUAUUAAAUAUAUUAUUAAGAAAACAAAGUAUAAAAAUUAAUAUGUAUAUAAAAAAACAAAUAUAUGAAAUCUUAUUAUUAAUGUAUAGAGGAAGGAAUAAUUGUAUAAAUAAUACAAAAGAUAAUAUUAUUCAAGAAAUAUUUGAAUCAUUAUUAACUCCACCAAUAUGUAAAAUUAUUGACAUUGAAAAUAAUUAUCAAGUAUUUUUAACAAUAAUUAAUAGUGAGAUAAUAACAUAUCAAAUAAUAUGGACAAGAGGAAUGUAUAACCAAUUAUUAGAAUGGACAAAUAAAGAUUUUAUAAUUAAAAAUCAAUCAGAAAAUAUGAGAUUAAUAGAUUAUAGAGAAAGAUAUUAUAAGAUUGUAAAUAAUGAUUUAGGAGAUCAAAGAUAUAAUUUUUUAAAAGAAGAUUAUAUUAUGGGAAUAUAUAAAUCAUUAUAUAUAUUAGGAUAUGAAAAUAAAACUCAUAUUAUUGAUUUUAAUAUUAUAAUUAAUAUUGGAGAAAUAUUUGAUAAAGUAUUUAAAGAUAUAUCAAAAAUUAUAGAAUUUAAUAAAGAAGAAUUUUUUCAAAUUCAAAUUAAUAAUAAUAUUAUUCAUGAUAAUUUAUAUUUUCUAUAUAAAUUAAUAAAGAAUUAUGGAUUUAAAAAUUGUAUAAAUAAUGAAUUAAAUAUUAUUCAAAAAAUAAGAAUAAUGAAUAAUAUAAUGAUUAAAAAUCAGCAAAGUAUAAUAUAUUUUUUAGAAGAAAUGAAAAAUGAUAAUAAAGAAGAAGUUAUUCAAGAAAAUAUAACAAGAUAUAUUUGGGGAAUAUUAGAAGAGAUCAUGAUUUAUAUAGAAAGAGGAAUAAUCAAUCAUCAAGAUAAAAAAAUAGAAAAUACUAUAAAGAUUGAAAUUAAUAAAAUUGUUAUAAGAAUGAUAAUAUAUAUUCAAGAAAAUUAUUUAUUAAAAAAACAAGAGAGAAUAUUAAUAAUUGAGGAUUUAGAUGAGGAGAUUAAAGAUGAAAAACAAAAUAAUUUGAAAAUGGAAAAAGUUAUUAAAAUAUUGAAUAGAUUAAUUAAAAUGUAUAAAUAUAGAGGAUUAAAAGAUUUUAUUGAUUCAGAAUAUGAAGAUUUGAGUAUAUUAUUGGUAAUUAAUAUAAUGAUUAUAAUAUUUAAAUAUGAAAAUAUAUUAAGUUAUGAUCAUAUUAAUAAUAAUAACAAUAAUUUAUUAUUAUUAUUAAGAGAAAUGAUAAAUAAAUAUGUUGAUAUUAUGAAAGAGGAGAUAAUUAAUUGUGGAUAUAAUAAUAAAAAUAAUGUGAAAGAAUUAAAAUUGGUGAAUAUAAUAGAGAUGAUAAUAUAUCCUUUGAGUAAACCUAUUAGUAGAAAAUUAAGGAGAUUAUUAACACAAGAUAAUCAAAUGAAUGGAGUUAAUAGAAUAAUUACUCAAAAGAUUGCAUUGAAAAUGAUUAAAAAUUUAAUGAGUAAAGAAAAAAGUAUUGUUGAAAUAAUUAUGUCAACAAAUAAUGGGUUUACUUAUAAUAGUAAUAAUAAUAAUAAUAAUAAUAAUAAUAAUAAUAAUAGUAAUAAUAAUAAUUAUCAUCAUCAUCAUCACCAUAGAAUUAAUAUUGGUAAUAAAUAUAAUUCAUUAUAUUUUGAAAGAUUAGAAGGAGAGAAAAAAAUAGAAAAUAUUGAUUUCUUAGAAUGGUUUAUAAGAGAUCAUAAAGAAAUUAUGUUUGAAUGGAAUGAUUAUAUAAAAAAUGGUAUUUAUAUUAAAAUGAUUCAAAUAAAAAAUAGGAUGAACAAAUAUUUGAAAAAAUAUGAUAUAAAAUUAAAUUAUGAAUUAAUUAAAAGGAUUAUCAAGUAUGAGAAUUAUAUUAGUAUGAUAAGAGAAUAUAAGCAAGAAUGUAUUAAUUUCAAAAUUGGUAAAAAAAUUAAUCAAGAGAUAGAAAAAAGAAAGAUGAAUUAUAAUCAAAUAGAUGAUAUUGAGCAAAAUUAUAAGGAUUAUAUAUUAAAAUUGAUAUUAAUUAGAGAAAUUAAUAAUUUAACUAUGUUAUUAUUAAAAGAUCAAUAUAAGAAGAUGAUGAUAGAGUUAAUAUUAAUAAAAAAAUUUAAAGAUUUUUAUAAUUUAAUAAUGAAACAAAGUAAUGAUAUUAAUAUUUAUAAUGAUAAUUAUAUUCAUCUUAAUAAUAAUAGAUUGAUAGAAUAUAUUGGUAUUUCAAAUGAGGAAUUUCAAGAUAAUCAAAUAAUGGAUGAAAAUUAUCCAAUAUUAAAUGAGGAAAAGAAUGAAAGAAUGGUAAUAAUGUUGAAUAAAUUUAAACAAAAUGAUAAGAUUUAUAGAAUUGGAAAUAUGCAUCCAAAUUUGAGAGAAUUAUCAUUGGUGGUAAGUAGUAAUAAUAUUAAUAAUAAAAGUUUGUUAUUAUUCAAGAAUGAUUUAAAUAUUGAUUUUAAUAAUAAUGGUAUAAGUAAUAAUAAUAAUAAUAAUAAUAAUAAUAAUAAUAAUAAUAAUGAUUAUUAUUAUUAUAUUUAUAAUAAGAGACAAGUAUUAAUGAUAAUAAAAGAUAUGAUACAGAUUCUUCUAUUUAAUGAUACUAAUACCAAUACUAAUACUAAUACUAAUAUUGCUAAUAAUACCAUCAACACCACUACUAUUACUACUACUACUGUUGGUGGUGAACAGAGUAAUAAUAAUAUGAUAAUAUUAUCUAGAUUAGUAGACAAUAUAUUAACUAGAUUGAUAUUAUUUACAAUAAAAAGUAUUGGAAAUAAGAGUAAUAUUAUUCAUGGAAAAAUGACUGGUUAUAAUGGGAUAAAUUUGAGUAUAGAAUUAAUUGGAGAGGUAAUAAUUGACAUAAUGUCAUAUGAGCAGACCAAAAAUAUUGGGAAAUGUAUAGAUAAAGAGAGAAAUAGUGUUAUUGGUGAAGAAGAGGAAAAGAAGAAAGAGGAAGAAAAAGAAAUAUUUGAAAAUAUUGAAUGGGUAAUUAGUAAAAUAAAUGAAAUAGAAGAAAAAGAAUUAGUGGACGGUUUACUGUCAUUAUUUAUAUUAAAAAUGAGUAGAAAGUAUAAGAUAUUCAUGUAUGAGCAAAUAGUAAAAGUGAAAGAAGAAAAAGAAAAAAACAUUACUAAUAUCAGUAAGAAAGUUAUUAAAUACAAUUCAAAUGAAUUGGUAAUGUUUGAGAGUGAAUUAAAGCAAUUUUUAAAAGAGAGAAUGAAAAAUUUCAGAGGUGAAGAGUGGGGCGAGGAAGGGGAGGAGGAAGAGGAAGAGGAGGAAGAAGAAAAAGAAGAGGAAAAAGAGAAAGAAAAAGAAGAAGAGAAAAAAGAAGAAGAAAAAGAAGAAAAAGAAGAAGAGGAAAAAGAAGAAGAAAAAGAAGAAGAAGAAAUGGUUGAAGUUGGAGUAGAAGUCACAUUUGAAGAAGAUUUAGACGGAGAUGAUCAGGGAAUAGAAAUAGUAAUGGGGGAAGAUCAGUACUAUGAUCCAAUUACAAAGGCAAUGAUGAUAUGGGAGUAUUAA